AAUGAGACGCCACGCGUUUAGUGGAGGUGUUACCACGAAAUAAAAUAUAUCUUAUCAAAUAUGCGGAAACGGACGCUAUUCAGACAACCGAUAAUAUCUUCCGAUUGUACGCUAACUUUACGAAUACGUGUUAAAACCUGCAAGCCUUCAUGGAUAAAACAAACAUUCAAGAAUCAAAGUCAGUCACUGCAAUGAAUAACCAGCUGUUAACGGAGUGCAAAGCGCACCUGUUUUGGUCCAGAAAACAGCAACGAAAAUGGUUCUUCACUUUGUUGUACGGAACAUGUUUAGUGUACGCGACUAGAACGUCUGUGCCACUGCUGAUACCUGCUAUAAGCAAGGAAAAACAUUGGACAAAAACAGAUUCUGGGACAAUAUUAUCAAGUUUUUUUUGGGGCUACACCUUAACACAAGUUGCAAGUGGAUUCAUCAGUGACCGAAUUGGUGGCCAAAAAGUGAUAUUCUUUGCCGCGGUUGGUUGGUCACUUACUACACUCUUCAUGCCAUCAAUCAUUAACACUUUUUCCAAUAAUGAGGUAUCAGUCAAAUUCAUCGCUGCAGUUCGCAUGUUGAACGGCGCCUUUCAAGGAAUGCAUUUCCCUAGUAUGAUAAGUUUGACCAGUCAGCGUUUACAUGAACCAGACAGAGCCUCAUUUUUUAGCCUUUUGACAUCAGGAUCGGCUUUAGGUACUCUUCUUACUGGAUCUCUGGGUUCCUAUUUGUUGGAAACUUACAAUUGGACAAAGGUUUUUCAAGUUUUAGGUGGUUUGGGUUUGAUGUGGACGGCAGUAUUAAGCUACUAUUCCCUCUCACUUAUGAAAAAUGCUGCUUCUAACAAAUCAUCGAAUGUUACUCCCCUGCCCUGGUUGCAGCUACUUUCUAAACCUCCAUUCUGGUCUUGUGUACUUGGUCACGCAUGCCAAAACAAUUGUUUCUUUGUCCUACUCUCGUGGAUGCCCACAUAUUUUCACGAUACAUUUCCUGAGGUUAAGGGAUGGGUUGUGAACAUGGUUCCGUGGUUGUCUUUGCUGCCUUGCACGUUUCUAGCAAAGAUGGUGUCUGAGAACCUGGUUAAAUCAGGCUACUCUGUUACAGUGACAAGGAAAAUCGUUGAAACAAUUUGUUUAGUCACACAAUCCAUCAAUCUACUUAUAUUAGCUUCCGUGACCAAUUAUCAAGCUGCAAUAUUAUGUCUGACAUUAAUUAUCGGCAGUACAGGCUUUCAUAAUAAUGCUAUUGCUGUGAAUCCUUCCGACCUGGCACCAAAACAUUCUGGUAGUGUUUUUGGAUUGAUGAAUACUGUUGGUGCAAUACCUGGAUUUCUCGGAGUUUACGUGGCUGGUCAUUUACUGGAAAUUACCCACAACUGGUCAAUUGUAUUUGUGAUAACUUCAAUAGUCAAUGUUCUAGGAUGUAUUGUGUACUUAUUAUUUGGAUCAGGAAAUGCCAUAAUAUAAUAAAUCAAAUCUCAUCUUCCAAUUAAUUUAUCACAAUUAAAAAGUGCAGCAGAAUCGAUGUGUGUUGUCAACAACAUGAACAGUGCUUAAGUUUAUGCGGAAAACCAAAGUAAUUCUUAGUUCGUACCUAAAUUCGCAAAACAACUGGAGCGACGAUGCAUGAUCUUUAGUCCAUCUUUAUCAGAUUAUGUCUGAGAUCUACCAUCAUUUUAGACAUGUAUGGCCCAUCCAAUUCGUAUCCCAUUUUUCUAUAAUAAUUACGAGUUCCGACACCUGAGAUAUAAAUUAAAACCCAUUAAUGUAAGAUUUGCUCAAUGUUGUCUUGUGUUGUAUAUUUUUUAAAGGGAAAAUGUAUCCCAAUAAAUUAUGGCCUGUCAGUUAA